ACUAUCUUCCGCCUGAUAAUUAAGCCAUUUGGCUAGUCAACUACUCAAUCUUACUAGUACUGUACCUACACGAGCGUGCUCGGACUCCUGAGCGAUCCCAACUGACAUCAUGUCUGUGGCUGUGCUUAUAUCUACUCUCGGCAUUAUGGGGGCGGAUGGGUCGAGAAUUAAAGUAAACGUCUCAUCAUCUGAUCCACACUCACCCGUCUCUCUCUUUUACCUUCCCAUCUCCGACACGAGAAGCACAAAAAGAAAACGUAGAUGCAUGGGAGCCAGCCUCUGGAAGACCCAUAAGGGCAAGGAUAGUACAUAUUGUAUCAUGUCGACGGACAAUCGCUCAGCUCGCUCAACUAGCACGGAAAACAAACAUAAACCCCAAGAAACCAGCAAUGGCAGCGUUCAAGCAGAGAGAGUGAAAAGAGAUGAUUGACAGAACAUGCUCCUCGGAACAUGGGAAGGAUAGAGAGAAUACAGUCAAGAGAAAUAAGGUAAAAGGUAAUGCAAGUCUCCCCAAGCGCAGCGGAGAGCUAUUUGGAAAAUAUGUCGAGCAGGCAUAUGGUGGACAAAGGAAACCCAGAUCCUUCCAAACGAGUGUGGGGAAUGCUAAAGACUUUCAUAGCCUCAUG